AUGCAUGCGGAUAUCCCAAUUGGCCACGCCACUCCGAACCGAAUCGAAAAGAACACCAAGAAGGCUAAGAAGGGAGGGAAGAAGGUAGCAAAUAGUUUGAGGGGAAUUAGUCCAGAGGAAUUGGCAGAUAUGGCAAAUGCGUCGAGAGAGACUUUGAUGGCGAAUGAUCUACAGGCUGAGAAGUUGAAAAGGUUGUUCGCAAUUAGGGUUGAACGUGGGAUGGAGGAAGUAGCAAAACUAGAACUUGAUCUCAAAGCAGCAAGAGUGGACUUCGCUGUUCAAAAAGCCUCCUUAAAUUCGGCUAAAGGACAUGAGUUUACACUAACUCAGAUGAAUAAGUUCUAUAUGAAUCUCACUACAGAGGAAAUGGAGGAGUUGGCAAAAGAUGAUGCAGUUAGGGCAGAGGAAACUGUUAACAAACAUCCUGUUUCUUAUACACACAUUGAUUUAUUAGAAAUCACUUUGUGA